GCAGCAGCAGGCAGCAGCCUUCCCGAGCAGCCAUGCAAGGUCUCCUCCCACUAAUUCUCCUGCUCCUCCCCGCGACAGCCAAUGCCGACGUCCUUAGGUUCUACAUCACCGCCACCUGCUCGGUCAGCAUGAACUACACGAGCGGCAGCGCGUUCCAGGCCAACCUCAACGCGACCCUCUCCUCCCUCCCCGCCGCCGCCGCCGCGUCCACCGGGUUCGCCAAGAACGUCACCGGCGCCGCGCCCGACGGGGUGUACGGCCUCGCGCAGUGCCGCGGCGACAUCAGCGCGCCGGACUGCCGCUCGUGCCUCAACGACUCGGCGCGCGAGAUGGCAAGCGUGUGCCCAGGCCAGAAGCGCGGCAUGCUCAUCUACGAAGGCUGCCUGCUGCGCUACUCCAACACGAGCUUCUUCGGCGUCCCCUCCGUGUCGGACCCUAUCCGCGAGGUGGCGAACCCCGAGAACGUGACGCAGCCGGAGCAGUUCAUGCGGCUGCUCAGCGCGCUGGUGGGCAACCUCACCAGGAAGGCCGCCCACGGGUCCCCGCGCAUGUUCGCGGCCGGCGCCGUCCAGUACACGAGCUUCGUGACGCUCUACGGCCUGGCCCAGUGCACGCAGGACACGAGCCCGGACAACUGCGGCCUGUGCCUCGCCAUACUGGUCGAUGCGAUCCCCAAGUGCUGCUACGGGAGGAAGGGCGGCCGGGUCUUCUCCGAGGUCUGCCAGCUCCGGUUCGAGAUUUACCCGUUCUACAACGCCCAGGGCGCCCAGGCGGCCAUGUCGCCGGCGCCGGCGCUGGCGCCAGGCGGUGUGCCAGUCAACGGCAGCGAACUCUCCGGCCCACGAAACACCGCUAGGACAGACGUUGCAGGAAGUAGAGGCAUAGUCAGGACAGCACUUAUUAUUGUCUCAAUUCUUGCUGCUGUCACGACGCUGCUGCUGCUGCUGAUUGUUGCUGCCUAUGUCUGCAAGAAGAGCAGAAAACCACACAUGCUUGUGCAGUUAGCUAGCGACGGACAUGGGGAUAAAGAAGAAAUGAGAGGUUCAGAGCCUCUCAUGUACGACUUGAGUACUCUGCGAGCUGCAACUGACAACUUUUCAGAAGAAAAUAAGCUCGGGGAAGGAGGCUUUGGACCUGUCUACAGAGGCACGCUGCAAUACGGGCAGUACAUUGCAGUGAAGAGGUUGUCAGCAACUUCGCAGCAAGGGCAGGUGGAGAUGAAGAACGAGGUCGUCCUGGUUGCAAAGCUCCAGCACAAGAACUUGGUGCGCCUGCUCGGCUGCUGCAUCGAGGAAGAUGAGAAGCUCCUUGUCUACGAGUUCCUCGCCAACAAGAGCCUCGACAAAAUCCUUUUCGAUCCUACAAGGCAACAUGAGCUAAGCUGGGCCCAGAGGUUCAAGAUCAUCGAGGGAAUUGGCCGAGGGCUUCUCUACCUUCACGAGGACUCGAGGCUAACCGUCAUCCACCGCGAUCUCAAGGCAGGCAACAUCUUGCUUGACGCGGACAUGAACCCUAAGAUCUCCGACUUCGGCUUGGCGAAGCUGUUCGACAUCGACCUAAGCGUAGCAAACACAAGCCGCAUCGCUGGCACAUAUGGAUACAUGGCGCCGGAGUACGCUGUGCGCGGCUCCUUCUCUACCAAGUCAGACGUUUACAGCUACGGCGUGCUCGUCCUGGAGAUUGUCACCGGCCGGCGACCUUCCGAAAAUCUCAUAAAAUUUGUUUGGGGGCACUGGAGCCGCGGGAGCUUGCCGCAGCUGCCCGAGGGGUUCCCGGCCGACGGGCCAGGGCCGCAGGAGAUCCUGCGGUGCGUCCACGUCGGGCUGCUCUGCGUGCAGGAGGACCCGCACCUCCGGCCCAGCAUGGCGUCCGUCGUCGUCAUGCUCAACAGCCGCUCCAUCACGCUGCCGGUCCCCGCCGAGCCGGGGUUCAUGACCCCCGGCAAGUGGCCGAGGGCGCCUGCUCAUUCCCAGGAGCCGUCGAUCAACGAAGGCUCCGUCUCGGACUUGGAACCUCGUUGAUGGGACAGCAUGGAGGACGACGUUGAAUGACCGCUGCUUUUCCGAAUGAUGGAAUUACAGGAGUGGAAGGCAUGCAAAGUAUGCACAUUUGAACUAUACAAGGUGAUUAGUUGUUUUGUCGGAAAUCUUGAAUCAGAUGGAUCGAACAUGAACAAAAUAAUGUAAAAUGCUUGGUGGUAGCUUGGUCAGAUAAGAAGUCAGAUAGCAACUUUUUUUUUGAAAAAUAAGUCAUAACAACUUAAGUUCGUCCCAUUCUUCUGGGCUUGCGUUUUCUUUUCUUCUUCUUUUUUUUUGGGAAACCUGGGCUUUGCUUUUUGACUUCACAAAACAAAACCA